AAAAGCAGAGACUUAGUUAAUUGAACAAAACAGAGGCUGAAUUGUUCCAUAUGGUCACUUGUACUGUUCUGCCCUGACGUUGGUUGCUCGACAUAGAUAAUCGUGAAUAUCCGGCGAGCGACACUUGCCAGACGCGCCACUCGCUGGAUACAGCUAAUAAUAAUAACUAGGGCGCAACACCAGGGAAGAACAGCCACAGAUCCACUCCAACAGCCUGUCUACCCUUCGAGAUCACUACUAAUUUCCAGGAUCGAACUAAUGACAGAGAACAAUUAAUACGUCUCCAUAUGUUGAGUUGAACAAUUGCUUCCUGCAAUGCCCGCGCGCUCCUCCCGCAGCGCAGGUUUCGCCGCGGAGUCGCCAUCGCCAAGCUCGAAAUCCUCAACGGCCGCAACUGAUGCAAUGCAGAGGAAUGCACCAAAAAAAGGUAGCAAACGAGGUGUCGAGGACGCAACAGAAGUAGGAUCACCUUUGAGGAGGUCCAAGAGAUCGAGAACAUCGCUAGCCUCCGAUUUGCCUUCUCCGGCCCCUACAGCGAGUGGGAACGAAAUCAUUCCCGACGAAGACAUUGAUAAAGUCAACGGUGCAACACCUACGGAAGACGAUACGGGGACAGUGCAGAGAGGGAAAAAGCAGAGAAAGACAAAGACUGUUGCUGAGGUCACAGAGAAGGCGGAGGUGUCAGCGAGCGUCAAGUCAAACAAGAGGGCAAGGGCAACACGGACAAAGGCCUCCUACGUCGAUCAAGACGUGGACGCAGAGAUCGAUGAAGAAGUAAAGGAGGAGGAAGAGGAAGAGGAACAGGAGAUAGUCGUCAAGAAAACGGUGAAACGCAAGAGGAAGACCAAGGAAGAAAAGGACGCUGAAGCGAUGCCACUCGCUGCGCGCACACAAGGGCUGCGCAUGUUCGUGGGUGCCCAUGUCAGUGCUGCGAAAGGAGUCCAAAAUGCCGUUACAAACAGUGUUCACAUAGGGGGAAAUGCCUUCGCUCUGUUUCUGAAAUCUCAGAGGAAAUGGGAUAAUCCGCCAUUGCAAGAUGAGCACAGAGAUGCAUUUCGACAGCUGUGCGUCGAGCACAAGUACGACCCUGCAAAAUUCGUCCUACCUCACGGUUCCUACCUUGUCAACCUGGCUCAGGAAAACAAGGCAAAAGCCAAACAAGGAUAUGACUCGUUCCUGGAAGAUCUACAGCGUUGCGAGGAUCUCGGCAUCAAACUCUAUAAUUUCCAUCCCGGCUCAGCAAACCAGAGCACCCUUUCCUCAGCACUUUCUCGCCUCGCCGAGGCGCUCACAAACGCCCUCUCAGCCACAAAGACCGUCAUCCCCGUCCUCGAGACGAUGUGCGGACAUGGAACGACCAUUGGAAGCAAUCUCAGUGACUUCCGCGACUUAAUAGCUUUGAUUCCCGAGAAAUACCAUGAUCGCAUCGGCAUCUGCGUGGAUACCUGCCACAGCUUCGCAGCAGGCUACGACUUGGUUUCCCCCGCUGGAUUCCAAGCCUUCAUGAAAGAAUUCGACGACCUCAUCGGCCUCAAAUACCUUCGUGCCUUGCAUCUAAACGACUCUAAAGCUCCCCGCGGCAGCAAGCGCGAUCUCCACGCAAACAUCGGAACAGGAUUCCUCGGUCUGCGAGCCUUCCACAACGUCAUGAAUGAGAAACGCUUCGAAGGACUGCCCAUGAUCCUUGAAACACCCAUCGAUAGACCCGAUCCCUCAUACCUCCCCUCGGGCGAGACCACAGCAGUCCCCGAAGCAAGUGAAGAACCAACCCACGAUUCCUGCGCCGAAGAGAGCGAAGCAGAAGAUACCAAGUCCAAAAAGGGCAAAAAGUCCAAACGCCCAGUUGGUGCGCGCCCACCCACUAUCCCAGAUUACAACGUCUGGGUGCGCGAGAUCAAACUCCUCGAAUCUCUGAUCGGAAUGGACCCCGAAAGUGCCGAAUUCAAGACCCUCGAAGCCCAAUUAUCUGAGGAAGGACGCGCGGAACGAGAAAGGCUUCAGGACCAAUAUGACCGCAAGCUUGAAGCGGAUGAGAAGAAGAGGAAAAAGGAACUUGAGAAGCAGAAUCAACGGAGUCUAGAGGAUAUGUUUGGAAGUGGGAAUGCGAAGAAAGGUGCUGGAAAGGCAAUGAAAGCUGCUCCGAAGGGGAAGGCCAGAGGGAAGAAAGUGAAGUCGGGUUCUGAAAGUGGUAGUGAGUGAGGCUUUUCUCAUUCUCACCUUUGUAUGUAUUUGUAUAAUUAGGUCUUAUUCGGUCGAUAUCGGAGAGGAGUAAUCCUUAUCAGUAAUCCUCAUCGCUUGCUGCUGGCCAGUGGGAUGUUGGACUACGUUAGAUAAAAGUUGGGUUGCAUACAUCUACGCACAUCCACACUUGAGAGAUCGUAGAACUGUAAACGGCUGUCAUAAUUUAGAACGCUUGCAUAACUGUAUAUUGAACAAAAGUCUGCCAAUGGUACCAUCACAACUUUCCGGUAUAAGCCCUAAUUGGCUGGCUGCGGGACUGUUCAGACUCUUUGCGACAGUACCACGCGGAAUAUACAUAUGAUUGUGGCAUACCACAUUGCACGAGAGGAGAGU